AGAUAUAACGGGCUACGAACAAAACCAAACUCACUAUAUGAGUUUGCGGUUAUACUGUGCAUGUCGCUAGGUGCUGCUUGCUUCGGCCAGUCGACUUGUGGUGAUUGACAGGACACACCGCUACUUGGCAACAAACUUUAGUCCCUGAUUCGUCCAUUAUUCAAACCGAAUUCCAACCGCUUGUAAAUGGCCAGCCAGUUGCUGUGAGCCGAAAGGCAACCUGACGCCUUUAACCAGCUCCGGCAGUGAGAAAAUGGACUUGGCCACUUGGACACUCAUAGCCUUGGCCUUAACCGCCACAGUCGAAGGCUUAACUACAAUAAACUCGAGUAACGUGACGAAACCUAGUUUCGCAAUUGACUAUGAGGGCAAUCAAUUCCUUCUCGAUGGAAAGCCGUUCCGAUAUGUAUCUGGAAGUUUUCAUUACUUCCGGGCCCCGAAAAUCUACUGGAGGGACAGGCUGAGGAAGAUGAGGGCAGCUGGCUUGAACGCAGUGUCCACAUACGUCGAAUGGAGCCUACAUCAGCCAAAACUAGACGUAUGGAAAUGGUACGAUGAAGGUGAUCUGGAGUACUUUUUAACUCUCGCCCAAGAAGAAGAUCUUUUCGUUUUACUUCGGCCUGGACCUUACAUCUGCGCUGAAAGAGACUUGGGUGGCUUCCCCACCUGGCUGCUGGGGCUUGUCCCCGACAUUCGACUGCGAACCAGUGAUACGCGCUACAUGAGAUACGUUAGAAUAUAUAUCACCGAAGUGAUGAGCAGAGUAAGACCAUUUUUAAGGGGAAACGGCGGUCCCGUCAUCAUGGUUCAGGUUGAAAACGAAUAUGGAAGCUACCAAGCCUGCGACAUAAAAUACAUGACCGAACUGCGAGAUUUGUUUCAAAGUCAGGUAGGAACUAACGCUCUUCUUUACACCACAGACGGUCAUACAGAUCGAAUGCUUCGAUGUGGUAUGAUACCAGAAGUUUUUGGGACCGUGGAUUUCGGCACUGAAGCAAAUGUGACACAAGCAUUCGAGACGCUGCGUCUGUUUCGGUCUAAGGGUCCGUUGGUGAAUUCAGAGUUUUAUCCUGGAUGGCUGACACACUGGGGAGAACCCUACGCGAAGAUAGACAGCAUCCUCGUGGCAGAAAAACUGGACGAAAUGUUAGCCAUGGGCGCUUCUGUUAAUCUUUAUAUGUUCUAUGGUGGAACGAACUUCGGAUUUACUUCCGGUGCAAACACGGGGCCUCAAUACCAGCCUCAGAUAACUUCAUACGAUUACGACGCACCUAUUACCGAAGCCGGUGAUCUGACGCUAAAAUAUUACAGGAUCAAAAAGGUUUUGGAAAAGUAUCUGCCGAUCCCGAACAUAACGUUACCUCUCCAGUCGUCAAAAGGAUAUUACGGUCCUGUUGUAUUGGAACAAGGGCUGCCACUGUUUGAUCCUUAUGCGCGAGCCGUCCUCGGAUUUUUAAAAGCGAAUCGAACCGCACCGCCGACCUUUGAAUCAUUCGAUGAACGGCUUGCCUUGGUUCUUUACGAAACAUAUCUGCCUAAAAAUCGCACUGACCCUGGGGUUCUACGUGUUAGUUUUAUACACGACAGGGCGCUGGUUUACGAAGAUAAUGUAUUCGUCGGAACUCUGAGUCGAGCUCAAGGACUCAAGACUGUCUCGUUGACUCAACCGUAUACUCGACGUUUGGGGAUAUUCGUGGAAAAUCAAGGCCACGUCAAUUUUGGAAGUGAGAUUCACGAUUUUAAGGGCGUGGGCGGUGUUACGUUGAAUGGUCAACCCCUGACUAAUUGGAACGCAACAGGCUUCCGGCUUCCGGAAAUGAAAUAUGACAAUAUUUUCAGAGCAAAUAGUACGGGUGAAAAUCUGAACAGGCUUCCGCAGUUUUUUUAUGGGCUAUUUACCGUUGUGGGCACACCGCUGGAUACUUUUAUAGAUACUACAGGAUGGGGAAAAGGCUUUGCUUUUAUAAACAGCUAUAACAUCGGCAGAUACUGGCCUGCAGCAGGCCCGCAGAUGACUUUAUACGUUCCUGCGUUGACUUUAGUAACUGGAGAAAAUAGAGUGGAUCUAUUAGAAUUUGAGUAUGUUUCUAAGACGCUGACGGUCCAGCUCCAGGCUGUCCCAAAAUGAUUUAUAAUGAGGAUAAGCAUCCGUUGAUGAAUUAAAUUAACGUUUUUUGCACUA